GCAAACAGAAGGUAAGACCACGGCGCGAAAUUGUAGUUGGGGACAUUUGAUUUCUGUAUUGGUCACUCAAGAGUUUCUCAUUUUAAUCCAGAAAUCAUCCCGCAUCCGUUUACUACGCCACAGUUAUAUAAACUAAUUGAACGGAACGAUAAACGGCAUAUACCCUGCGCUGGUCAGGUCCUAUAAACAUCUCUUAAUUGCAGUAUCUCUGUGAAUGCGCUUGUGGGAUGACUCCUUCACAUCCUCAUCUCGCCUCGUCUCCUCCAGCCGGCUCCACCGGCCGACACACUCCUCCUUCUCCGCCUCCUCCGCCGCCUCCUCCUCCUUCCCUCUGUCGUCGGCGGCGGGAGUGCUCCAGAGGAGAGGGUCCCCGCGCUGUGACCGCAGCCUGUUGCCCGGUGGGUCGGUGAUGAUGGGGGGCGAGCGCUGCGACCUGUCCCAGGCCAGCGUGCUGAGCGGCGAGCUGCGGGACACGCGGGCGCAGGAGCGCGAGCAGCUGGUGGACCUCAACAACCGCUUCGCCUGCUACAUCGAGCGCGUGCGGGAGCUGGAGACGCACAACCGGGCGCUGCUGGGCCAGCUGGAGGGCCUGCGGCGGAGCCUGGCCAACCCGCCGCGCCUCCAGCGGCUGUACGAGGAGGAGGCGCGCGCCCUGCAGUCCCAGCUGGAGGAGGAGGCCGUGGAGAAGUCGCACAUGGAGGCCCAGCGGGAGCGGGUGCGCGAGGAGCUGGCCCGGCUGCGCGAGCGCUGGGAGGAGGAGGCCGAGCGGAGGAGCCGGGCCGAGGAGGCGCUGCGCAGGGCCCGGGAGGAGGCCAGCCGGGUGGCGCUGGGCAACAGCGACGCGGAGGCCAGCCUGGUCUCCCUGGCCAUGGAGGCCAGCUUCCUCAGGAAGGUGUUCGCCGAGGAGCAGGCGGGACUGAGGGCCCAGCUGCAGGCGGUGGCGGUAGGCAGGGACGCGGUGCGGGCGCCCCUGGCGGGGACCGACCUGUCUGGGGCGCUGCGGGAGAUCCGGGGCCAGUACGAGCGGCUGGCCAGCCGGAACACGGCGUCGGCCGAGGAGUGGUUCCGGGGCAAGAUGGCGGCGGCGGCGGAGGUGGUGCAGAGGAACGAGGAGGCGGUGAGGAUGGUCAGGGAGGAGACGGCGGAGUACCGCAGGCAGCUGCAGGCCCGCUCGGCCGAGCUGGAGGUGCUGAGGAGUACCAUCGACUCCCUCAACUCUCAGAUGGCAGAGCUGGAGGAGGAGCAGGGCAAGGAGGUCGCCAACUACCAGGGGAGGGUGUUGGAUUUGGAGAGGGACAUCGGAGACGCAAAAGAGGAGAUGUCAAGGUACCUCCGGGACUACCAGGACCUCCUGAAUGUGAAGAUGGCUCUUGACAUCGAGAUCGCGGCGUACAGGAAACUUCUGGAAGGAGAGGAGGUCCGACUGACCUUCUCUGCUCUUCCUGCUCUGGCUUAAAAAUCCAGUCACCACAACAUUGACCCAUAAAUACCAACACUGAAACAGUCAUCGCUCAAACUCAUUUUGAUUCUUUUAAUUUUCACAUUAACAAUCCACCUCCUUUAGUGCCCUUUCCCCUUCUCUCCCUAGUAUGUGACCCUGAGACACCUUCUAACUAACCCUCUGUUCUAACCUGUCUUUGGGUCUUUUAACCUUUUUAGCAACUGUCCCUUAAUCUAACCCAUUUUAACCUGCCCCUAGUCCCCCCCCCCAACAUUUCACCUCAGUUCAACAUCAUAUUCAACUGCUCCCAUAACCAAAUCAUCUUCAUUGCCAUAUUCAAACUCAAAUACACCCUCAAAACUCCCUUCAACCCUCAUCUCAACCCCUUCCCCAACCACUGUUCAUUCCCACUCAUAUCUGAAACGGUUCCCGAUAUCCAACACUCCAACAACCAACAGCCAUCAAUAAGAAGAUUCUCGAGCCCUUGUGCACUACAAGAGUUCCAUCUUGAUUGUCCCCCUUCUUCUCCACACUCGAUUCAAGAUAGCCACCUUAGGAGAGAUCGUGGCAAGCACUGCACUGAGUUAGUCUCCCCCCCCCCAACCCCCCUGCUACUACCCUGCUAACCACCCUCUUCCCCUCACUCUCUUUCGCUGUGUCCUCUGAACAGAGGUCUGCUACACUACUUGCCCACGGAGCGACGUUAAUCCGAAGCUCUAUGUCCACCGACUCGGCAAACUCUUAACCAAUUGUUUGUGAGGUGGACUAGCAACUCUAACUCGACUAGGCCAUUGAUGCUUGGGUAUUGCAGCGUGAUCUCUGUUCAGGGGAUGCUGCGUUUAUCUCUGGCCCAGACCAGUGGAAGUUUGUGGUAACUUUGGUAACUGUCUAAUUUCCAUUGUGAGCUUAGUGCAAUUAAUUACUAAAGGUAUGAUUUUCUUGGCCUCCUCAGUGGAUUUCUAUUCUCAUACUGUCCUUGGGUGGCAUUUUUAUCAAUGCGUUUUUCAGCUUUUCAAGUUUUAAUGUGCAAAACACAAAAAAAAGUUAACUGAUCAGGAACAAUGUUAACAGCUCUCAAUAAAAAAUGAGACUUACUUCCAUUAUACUACUGAAUUUAAAUUACAUGAAAAUGUCCUGUUAAACGAUUUGGAAGCCUAUAAAUAAAACAACAAAUCUGAAUAUGAAUAUGAAUAUGAAUAUGAAUAUGAAUAUGAAUAUGAAUAUGAAUCUUCCACCACUGCAGCAAAGGUGGCAGCCCUACAGUACUGUGAGGACUGAGGAGGAGACUUGGCCGGUAUGAGAAGCCACUGAGGAAGAGAGUCACAUGCUUGGAGCAUCUGCCUCUGCAGGAGACUGCAGGGUAGAGUCUGUCUGCUGAUGCCAGCGUUAGUUUCUGUCUGCCCUUCUCCUUCUCCUUCUCCUACCGGAGACCUUUCCCUUAACUUAAGCUUAGAUUAGUUCAACUAAAAGUUUCAACCUGGUAACGGUCAAUCUAAAAACCUGACUGGUAUUUGGAAUACGUCUUCCUGUACCUGAAUAAAUUUUAAACACAUAA